AUGUCACCAAAAUAUGUGAGAUUAUAUCAAGGUUUUGCUGAAGUGUUAGUUGAAAUUUCUAAAACAAAGAAGGAUGGAGAAGGUGAAGGUGUUGAAGUUGAUUCGAAUUUAGGGAAAGCAAUAGAAGGUUGCUCAAAUAAAAAUAAAGAUGAAGAAACUGUUGAAGAAGGUUUAGAAAUUAUACAAUGGAAGGAUUCAAAUGAGACUCAAUCAUUGAAAAAGGACAAAGUGGAAGGGAAAGUUGAGAAAUUUUUUAUUCCAAGUUUUAGUCUUGGAUGUAGUCAAGGUUCUCAAGUUUCCAAGAAUUCAUCUCACAAUCAAAGUUCUUCUGGACGUAUGACAAAGAAAAAGAUUAAGGAUAGAGUUUAUUUGGGAAAACCAAGUGUUGGUUCAGAGUCUUUUGUUCCAAAUGUUGAUGUUAUUGAUGCUAGUCUAGUUUCUUUUGCACCCCCACCCCCUAUUUGGACUUUGUCAUUUGAAUAUAAUGAUUUGAAGGAAACUGUAAAAUAUAAAGUUUUCAAGGACAACUUGUCUCUCAGUGUUUCUGGUGAUAGAGACUUGAAGGUUUUGAAUGAUGUUGAUAUGAAACCUGCUUUUGAGGUUAUUGAUUAUGGUGCAGAUGAUGUUGAUUUCAAUGAUAAGUAUGGUGUGAUUUUAAACCUCUUGUAA